CGGGGAGCUGCGUCUUCCUUCCAGAAACGAGCCAUAGUGCAGAUGGCAUCUUCGCAAGAUGUGCAACAAGCGGCCUUUCUGAAUCCUGCACCCUUGGGCUUGCUUCGGAUAUGGCACUUUGCUGGCCCCUCCAGCUGUUGCAAAGCACGGCUGUUGACAUCGGCCUCGGAGCUGCCGAAGCCGGAUGCUGCCUGGUGGCCGGACCUGGCGAGAGGUCAUCUUGUCGCACAGCUCCGCUCGAGUGAAGCCUUCUUGGCACUCGACCGGGCCUGGGCAUUGCUGCACCUGCGCCCGGAACAAGCGAAUGCCGCCACACCUGAAGGAAAACCAAUGACCUUGGCAGUGAAGAAAGGCUGCCGCGGGGUCGCGGAGCUCUUGCGGAGUCAGGGUGCAGUGCUGAAUCCAGGAGCCGCCAAUGCCUUACUCCAUGAGGCAGCGUCCACAGGCAACUUGAAGUGCUUGGAGCUUUUGCUGCUGGAUUCCACUGGCCGUGUUCGCUCCAACUGUUGGGCCUCACCCAAUGCGCGGCCCUCCAAGCACGGCGGCACUGCCUUGGACGCGGCAGAGGCCAAGGGCCACGAGGCCUGUGCUCAGCUGCUACGGAGCAUCGGUGGAAGACAUUCCAUCCAACGUUCAGCGGAGCUGGCGCUGCCCGACACGCUGCGCCAGUGGCUGCAGGAAGGUGCAGAUGUGGAGGAGCGCGAUGGCAGCGGUGCCACGCCGCUCUGGUUGACCGCCAAAGGCGUCAAGGGCACCGAGCAGCAACGCAGCGAGUGUAUUCAGCUGCUUCUGGGCGCACAAGCGACGGUGGACGCCUUGCCCAUCACGCAGGAGACACCACUGAUGGUUGCAGCUCAAAGAGGCUCUGUCGCCCAUUGCCAGCUGCUGUUGCAGGCCCGCGCGGAGGUGCACCGCAGCGACCGACGAAACCGAAGAGUCCUGGAGCAUGCGAAAGGGCCGCAGGUCAGGCAGCUACUGCAGUUGGCCGAGAUGGAUGAUCCAGGCGUGUCUUCCCGCGACGGCGACGGCGACGGACAGCGGGGCAACGCCGGUGCCGAUCUGACGAGCCUUCAGCUCAAGGAUCCCUUGUAUUCCGAACAGCUGUGGGCCGCGGCCGCGAUGAGACAGCCGCCGAGCACCUGUGUCGGCGGCCGAUCGCCGUGGGGCGCGCCAUCGCCCUGGGGCUAUUGGCAGUACCCCAACCCAUCGCCCUGGGGGCCUCUGAACGGUGGUGGAUGAGUCGGAGUCGGACAAACGUUGGAGAGAUCCGCUAGGUUAGAGGCUGCAGGAGGGGUAGGCUGGGAAAUGGUG